AUGUUCCCCAGCCAGGGAAUUAAUGUGACAUUGCCGACUGAAGAAGGCGCAGCGGAGAUCAACAGAGAAUCAGAUCUGGAGAUGCCGAGUUGGCUCUAUUCAAGAUCGCUGGUCAUGGAUGGCAACUUCAAACCAGAGCAUAUGCAUGCGGCGAAUCCCAUUGAUGAAGUCCCCCUCAUGGAUGGACGCGGUUUCAUGGUUGGUGAUGGCAAAUACAAGGUGCAUCUGGCACUGGCGAAGGAUGCUGUUCAACGGUCCGAGUGCAACAAUCACCGCGCAGUGAAUCAAGCCAAUGCAUCCCAUCACAGACUGGAGGCAACCGGCAUCGGCGGAUGUGCCUGUGCAAGGCAUGGCUGCUUUGUCCCGCAUGCAAUGGUGGAUUUUCAGAAGGGAGAAAGGCAGAUGAACAUGGACUAUGCUUUGUGCAAGACAUUGAAACACAAUGCCAGCGGCAUCUGGCGCGCACUGACAUUUUAUGAUGUUAAUUGCCAGUACAAUAAGUAUCUAAAGGAUCGGGUAGCUGACAGCCCCUAUUUGCAAAUUCAAGAGCAGAUGGAGAUAAUCCCAGGGAUAGGUCUAUGGCAUGUUCAUGGCCACCAAGACAGCUGCUAUGUUCACUAUGCUUCUAACUUUAUCGCCGGCACCGCCAGAAUUGACGGCGAGAUCAUGGAGACCCUUUGGGUGCCGUUGAACAUAAUCUCUCCUUUGGCAUGGGGGAUGGGGACCCCUCACCACAAGGAGUGCCUGGAUUACCAAAUGAAUGAUUGCAAUUUCAUGAAAAUGAUCAGGAUGAGUGGAUGCUCCGUUGGUCCUCAAUCAAUUUGCUCACCGGAUCAUGCAGGCAAGGCCCUUUGCCGGAAAUUCAGGCAAGCUGUGAAAGGACUCGCCGACAGUAGGCAAGCUGUGAAAGGACUCGCCAACAGUAGGGAAGCCUUUGAAAAGCUGGAUCAGAGUGCCGACAAAAACAAUGUCAGGGACUGGGGGGAACAGGAGAGGCUGGCACAGGAACAGCGUAGCACUGAUCCAAAGGCAAUGGACAUUUAUGAAGCCGACGGCAAGAUAGCUCCGACCAGGAAAGAACAGGAAUUGAAGUUGCUGGAGGAAAAUGGCCAGCAACCUGCUCCUGCCCGCCAGAGGGGAGCGGUGACAUGGCUGGCAGAAGGGCUUUCCAUUGAGGAGGCACAGGUGACUCUCCACAUGGAUGUUAGGAAGGCUAGGGCGGCAUCCAACAGAGAACCAACAACUGGAGAUCGGGCGGCAUCAGUGAGAGACUGCAAGGAGACAUUGACCGUUGGUCGACUGUUUGAGCCAGAAAAGGUUGUAAUACCAUUGCCGUCCAAUUUGGGCCAGGGGAGAUGCGCUGAGCUCGGUGCCGCGGAUAUGAUCCAUCAAGAACAUGUCCUCCGCGAAGGACAGGCCAAUGACACCUUGCACAACAUCAGAGUGCACUUGGCAGACAAGGCGGUCAUCUUCCAAAAGACAGUCAGAACAGCAAAGUCACAAGCAAAGUCCACCAGAGCUUGGGCCCAGAUCCAUGCAGUGGACCAGGCGGUCAGCACCACCAGUUGCCUGAUCCCAAUGCCAGAGGUCAGAGAAACUCCAUGUUGGCUUGGUUCUGGUCUAUGGAUGUGGAGGGAGACUCUGAUAGCAGUGAUUAGGUUGAAUGAAUUUUACCGGGUGCAUUGGCUCCGUGCCAAGGCUCUAAGAGACAGGUGGGAGGAGGAAAUGCUACUUGUGCAGCAUGAAAUGAAUUGGACAUGCAACUUCUUCUUGCACAAAGCCGAGCAAUGGAUCCUUCUGGCUACCAUCUCAAAAGCCGCCAACAAGGUGGGACACCUUGCCUAUGCGGCACAGCAGUGCAAAAUGUAUCAGCGCCUGUAUGAGGAUUCCCGGGAUGCAUUUGAAGUUGCAAAGGCAGCCCGGAACCCAAUGCAUAUUAUGCCGGCGGUCUUAUAG